AUGAGGGCGACCUACACGGAGGAUGCAACGGUGCCUGAACGCAGCCCGCGACUGGAAGGAAAAGUGGCGAUCGUAACCGGAGCCGGCUCCAGCGGCCCGGGCGUGGCAACGGCCGAGCCACCGCCAUGCUGUUCGCCCGGGAGGGGCCAAGGUCCUGCUGGUAGACAUCACCGAGGAACGCGCCGCCGAGACGAUGGAGAUGAUCCAGGCCGAGGGCGGCGUGGCGUCCACCGCGCAGGCGGACGUGACCAAAGCCGCCGACUGCGAGCGCAUGGUGGAAACCUGCAUCGAACGUUACGGCCGGCUGGACAUCCUGGACAACAACGUGGGCAUUUCCCGGCGCGGCACGGUGGUGGAGGUGUCCGAGGAAGAUUGGGACCACAUCAUGGCCGUGAACGUGAAGACCAUCGUCAUGGCCAGCAAGUUCGCCAUACCGCGCAUGAUGGAGGCGGGCGGCGGGUCCAUCAUCAACAUCUCGUCCAUCGCCGGGCUGCGCGCCCACAGCAGCACCCCGUACACGGCGUCCAAGGCAGCGGUCAUCGGCCUGACCAUCUCAAUGGCCGCCGAUCACGGACCCGACGGCAUCCGCACCAACUGCAUCGCCCCGGGCCUGGUGUACACCCCCAUGGUCGCCCCGCGUAUGGACGACGACCUGCGCCAGAUUCGCAGUUCUUCGGCUCCCCUCCGGACGGAGGGUACGGCGUGGGACGAUCGGCAACGCGGCGCUGUUCCUGGCCAGCGACGAGGCCCGGUGGGUCAACGGCGUGGUGCUUCCGGUGGACGCUGGCCUCGUAG